AUGUGCGAGCAGGCAGCGCGCUACUGCCGGGCCGGGGUGCAGAAGCUGCUGCGGAAGCCGGCGCCGGCGCUGCGCGGGCUGGACGGGCUGCUGCGCUGGGCGGCGGGCAGGAUGGGCGACAAGGGCCUGGCCGACAGGGAGCUGCUCGCCCCGGGCGCCGCCGCCGCCCAGAGGAAGGGCACCUCCGUCAUCCUCGAUAUUUUCAGAAGAGCUGACAAAAAUGAUGAUGGGAAGCUGUCCCUGGAGGAGUUCCAGGCCUUCUUUUCUGAUGGAACACUCAAUGAAGAAGAACUUGAGAAGCUCUUUCACACCAUUGACUCAGACAACACUAACAAUGUGGACACCAAGGAGCUGUGUGACUAUUUUGCUGACCAUAUGGGAGACUAUGAAGAUGUUUUGGCCUCCCUGGAGAUGCUGAACCUGUCCAUCCUGAAGGCCAUGGACUACACCAAACGGGUGUACGAGAGUGGCAGCAACGUGGACCAGUUCGUGACCCGCUUCCUGCUGAAGGAGACGGCGAACCAGACCCAGUCCCUGCUGAGCUCCGUGGAGAGCGCUGUGGAUGCCAUCGACGAGCAAACCAACCCCGCCAGGCACUACCCCAGCAAGGAUGGUCAUGGCCUGAGUGACACCUGGUAUGACAACCCUGUGCCCAGCUACCCUCCCACCACUUGGGUGGUCCCCAGGGAGCAAGGAAAGAGCUUCCAGACUGGUUCCCCUGACACCAAAGCAGAGGGGCUGGAGGGGCAGAUCAACAGGCUGGCCAAGCUGAUCGGCAAGCUGGAGGACAAGACCCUGUGGUUUGACCUGCACCAGCGGCUGUCAGACAGCGAGAGCACAGCUUGCACGUACCUGCUCCUGGUGAGGAACGAGAUGACAGUGUCACACAAGCACCUGGGCGAGUUCUGCAGCUCCCUGAAGCAGUACCUGAAGAGCGUGGCCGGGGAGCGGGACUGCUUCCAUGUCACUGCAGUGAAGCUGCCUGAUGGGGUCACCUUCAUCGUCUAUGAGUUCUGGGAGACCGAGGAGGACUGGAAGAGGCACCUGCAGAGUGCCACCUGCAAGGGCUUCCAGCACGUCAAGGUGGACACGCUCAGCCAGCCUGAGGCCAUCUCCAGCGUGGCCGUGCCAGCUGCCUGGUGCACCCUGAGCCGAGAGUGA